AUGAAGAAUAAUGCCUUAUCACAAAGAGAACCAGGAGAUGCACACAAAGUGCACUCAAAUGGCCAACUGCUGUAGGAACAAGUUUCUCCUCCGAAAAACAAUAACAGAAGAAGUUUCUCUAAAUUAGACCUUGUUCCUGUUGAAGAGGAAGUCAAAACUUGUAACAAGCAAAAUGAGGAUGUUUUAUCAUUAUUGACACAGCUCUAUGCUCAUGAUCCUAUUGCUGUUAAAAAGAUUGAAACUAAGAGAGUAAACCCUGACUUUACUUCACAAUUCAGAAAUGAUUUGGAAUUCUUUAUACCCUAGUUAUGCUCUUUUUAUGCAUUGGGAGACUAUGAGAAGCCCUAAGAUAUUCUGAAUCUUAUAGUUAUGGCUUCAGGGUCCAGUUUUUUCUUUUCUCACAGAGUCUGGUUUUUCUUCUAGUCACUUAUCAUUAACUUGGAGGAAGAGGACUCAAGGGAACUUUACAGAAAGUCUAGAUUAGCAUUAAAAGGUAUCAAAGAUGCCUGUCAAAAAUCUAAAGAGAGACUUUAUCUGGCUAACUCUGUUGAUCUCAUUGACUUAAUUCAUCAAUUCAAACUGCUGCAGUUCUAUCCCUAGCUAAGUGAAGUAUAAAUAACUGAUCAACCACAGUAAAAACAUAAAAAGGUGAUGAGGGACACAACAUUUGUAAAUCUGUUCUAAAAGAUUGAGAGAAGAGAAUCAAGUUCAGAGUACUCUAAAAAUGCGAUGCUAAAGUAUAAAAACCAAGAAAUUGAUGCUACAGAGAAGGUCUAGUCAAGAAUAUAAAAAGUGAAGAAAGUCAUUGACAACUAUAUUGAGAAUAAUUCUUAAAGAAUUACCAAAAAUUAAGGAGGAGCUUAGCUACAGUUAUCAAUCAAUAAAAGUUUUGGAACAAAAGAAGAAUUAAAAGAAUCUCCUUCUCCAUAGCUAGAAAAAGAGGAAGAGGAAGAAGACAUAGUGAUUACAGCCCAAGAUAUUAUAUUAGAACCAUUUAUAAGAGAUGAUGACCGUACAUUCAAAGAGACAAUGGUAAACGUAUUGCCCUUAGAUGAAAACAAUCAAACAAAAAAAUAUCAUGAUAUUUCUAAUGAACUCAUUCAUACACCGAAUAGAGAGGAAUACCUAAGGGAAGAGCUGAAAAAGGUUAAUAAAAUGCUUCCAGCUGCUGUUUAUGUUCCAUUUGUCAACAAAGCUUUCAGACCUGAAGAAUUGCUACUCUUAAAGCCUGAGAAACCCAUCGGAAAAUUUAACAAGUUAAAGAAUAUAUUAUCAGUCAACGAUUAGAAACAGUAUGAGAAUUAUAGAAGUUCUUCAUGGGAUUCAUCCCAUUUGAAGACAGAAGGAGAAUUGGAUGAUCCUUUUGAAAAUACUCACAAAACAGCAGUGGUCAAGAAUCCUUAUUAGGAAUACAAGAAGUAGCAGAAAAAGAAGAAGAUAGAUAAGAACUCAUUAGCACUAUUGGGUAGGAAUGAUGAAGCCCUUCUAGGUAAUGAAGAAUCAGACAAAAGAAAGACAUAUAAAUUUUCAUUCAAGCAAAGUAGAGAUCAAGGCAAAAAUAAGUCUGAGAGAGAAAAGUAAGAACUCAAAGAUAGAGUAAAUAAACUCCUUGAUAAAAAAGCCUCAAACCCUCUCAUUAUUCAGAAUCUCAGAAGAUCUGAUUCGCUAUUCAAUAAGAUUAAAGUAAAUGAUAAUUAUUUCAGCAGAUAGACAAAUAAUUUAGCUCCCAUUUCUGAAGAAACUGAGGGUAAUGAGAGUAAUCAGAGAGAACUUGAUCAAGAUCCAAAUAACUAAUUCUUUAACAAUCUCGAGGGAGUAAAAGAAAAUUAAACUGAUGAAACAAUCAAACCAAACUUCUUGGAAAAGUCUGAUCCAAGAUACUCAACACCAAUGGCAUCAUAAAUGUUGAAAUUUUAAUCAUUCAAUAAUGAAGACUCAUAAAAAUUUUAAGCACAAAAGGAGUACUUUGUAACUCCAGAUAAUGAUAAUGAAAUCAAAGAAGAGGACUCAAUCAAUAGAUCUUCUAAGAAGUAUGAUACUGAGAGAAGAUCAAUGUCAAUGUUGGAGCCAAACGAAUCUGAAGAGCUUUAAGCUUUCCUAAAAUAAAGGAAAUAGCAUAAAACAUUGAAAAAUUCAAUUAAUGAUGAGGAUAGAUCAACUGUGAUGCAGCAAGCGUUUUUCGAAGGAAGGCCCAUUAAUAAUGUGUUUUUAGAGACAUCAGUAGAGUAGGAUGAGAGAGUCAGAAGAAAUUCUCCAUUUGGAAAUCUAAAGACUUGGAGACUUAUCAAGAUCAUUGUAAAGAGCAACGAUGAUGUUAGAUAGGAGUAAUUUGCUAUGCAGCUCAUAAGCUAAAUGGAUCAAAUUUUUAAACUUAAAAAGAUCAACUUAUGGCUUAAACCAUACGAAAUUCUAGCAACAGGAGCUAGAUGUGGAUUAUUAGAAGUAGUAUCUGAUGCUCUAUCAAUUGAUAGUAUAAAGAAAAAAAUGGGUUAGUAGGCUAAGCUUAUUGAUUAUUUCUAUAAGCAGUUUGGAGAAAAGAAAUAAAAGAAAUUCAAUAAGGCAAAGUAAAAUUUCUGCAGAUCUCUGGCAGCUUACUCUUUAGUUACAUAUAUUUUGUAAGUUAAGGACAGACACAAUGGAAACAUUAUGGUUGAUAUAGAAGGACAUAUUCUUCAUAUUGAUUUUGGAUUUUUACUAUCAAAUGCACCAGGAAAGGGUGUCUAACUUGAGAAAAAGGCUCCAUUUAAGCUUACUAUGGAGCUUGUAGAAGUCUUAGGAGGUUUGAAAUCUAAGAAGUUCAGAGAAUAUCGCGAAUUAAUGAGGCUAGGUUUCAUGGCUUUACAAGAACAUGCAGAUAAAAUUAUCAAACUAGUUGAAAUGAUGUUCUUGAGUUAACCUGACUUACCUUGCUUUAUCUAGGGAGAAUCUCUCAUCAAAGAACUUAAAGAAAGAAUACUCCCUGGAGGACACUAGAUGUCUGAGAUAGAGGCAGCUAGGCAUAUUGAUUAGCUCAUACAAGUAAGCUAUGAGAACUGGAGGACAAAGAUCUAUGACAAGUUCUAAUACUGCUGUCAAGGUAUAGUCUGA